AUGCCAGCUGCUUGGGUUGACGAAGACGAUGAUAUUAAAGUAGAUGUGCACAAGGUCAAGCGACUUCGCAAGCUGCGUAACGAUUUUGACGAAACCACAGUUGCUGGAUCUGACUAUGAAAUGCGUUUGCGUCACCAAUACGAACGCUUGUUUCCCAAACCUAAAUGGGCACAAGUUCCUACUGAAAAGAGAGAUCGCGAUACGUCUGAUCAAGUCGAUCUAGGCCAUAAUGCGCUGCUCAAACUGCUUCAAUCUACUGAAUCGAUUGUGAAUACCAAUGGCAAAGCGUUGCUUUCUGCUGAUAAACUCGAUGUGAUGCGUCUAAAGGAUGUCAAUCAGCUUGCAUAUUCACAGGCAGUGGUACAGUCGGUCCAAUUCCACCCCUAUGCACCUGUUCUUCUUACUGCUGGCUUUGACAAAACUCUUCGUCUAUUUCAGGUUGAUGGAAAACUUAACUCGAAAAUUCAAAGCAUCUACAUCAAAGACAUGCCAAUCCAUAAAGCCCAUUUCACGGCUGAUGGUCGCCGUAUUAUAAUGACAGGUCGUCGCAAAUGGUUCUAUGUCUAUGAUCUAGAGUCUGGCACCACGGAAAAAAUCUGGGGUGUACGAGGCCGAAAGGACAAGUCUUUUGAGCGAUCCAUCAUAUCUCCUUGCGGAAAGUAUAUUGGAUUUCUUUGUUUAGACGGCAAUGUUACAUUGGUAUCUUCAAAUACCAUGCAAUGGAUGUCUGAUGUCAAGAUGAAUGGGCACGUUCGGUGCGCCGUAUUUUCUGCUGACGGCACAAGACUGUUUACGUUUGGUGGAAGUGGUGAAGUGUAUGAAUGGGAUGUGGAGACUCGCGAGUGUUUGAAUCGGUUUACAGAUCAGGGAUGUCUGAGACCAACAGCAAUUGCCGUAUCAAAUGAUGGCAAGUAUAUUGCCACUGGAUCAAGCUCGGGUGUAGUGAAUGUGUAUCUGAUGGAAAGUAUUCGAUCGGCAAGCGUAGAUGAUGGCGCGACGACAUAUGAACCUCAGCCAGUCAAAGUGUUUAUGAAUCUGACAACAUCCAUCACGACAUUGAUAUUCCAUCCAGAUUCAAAACUCCUGUUGAUGGCAAGCCAUUCUGACAAAAAUGCAUUAAGGAUUGCACAUUUGCCCUCUAUGCGGGUGGUCAAAAACUGGCCAACAAAAGCUAUUCCAUUCGAUGCAGUAUCUACCGCUGCAUUUUCGCCUCAUGGCGGGUAUCUUAGUGUUGGAAAUGCAAAAGGAAAGGCUCUCCUGUUCAAGUUGGGUGCUUAUGAUGCGUAA